AAACGUGAAUUUUUAGGAACAACAGUCAUUUUUCUACAAUGACAUUGAACAGUGUAUUAUUCUUCAUAAACCUGAAAUUAUAAGAAAAAACGUUUUGUUAUUGAUUCUAACCUCAACAUGGUGAAAGAACAGUACCGGGCAACUGAUGUAGCUCGAAAAAUUUCUCAUGUUUCUUUCGGAGUGGACAGUCGGCACAAUAUUGAACGUCAGGCUCACAUUCAUGUUGUGGCAAAGCCCCUAUACACCCAGGAGGUUCACACUCCACUUCCAUAUGGAGUACUCGACAAGAGAAUGGGAACUUGUUCAAAUGCAACACCAUGUGGCACCUGUGGAAAAAACCUCAGCGAUUGCAUUGGACACUUUGGAUAUAUCGAUCUGGAAUUACCAGUCUUUCAUGUUGGUUAUUUCAGAGCAAUCAUUGGAAUUCUACAAACCAUCUGCAAGAAAUGCUCGCACGUGAUGCUUUCUGAAAAGGACAAAAAAAUCUACCUGAACCGAGUGUUGAAUCCAAACUUGGGCUAUCUAAAUCGUAAGGCUCUUCGAAAGAUGAUCCUCGAAAAAGCCAGAAAAGCCACCACUUGCCCAAAUUGUAAGGAGCUCAACGGUGUAGUUAAAAAAGCCGGUCUGCUAAAAAUCGUUCAUGAGAAAUACCGUUCGAAGAAGAAAACUGAUCUAAUCGUCCAGCACAAACUAGCUGAGUACUCCAACGUGACAAAAGAUAACAAAGAAAUAGAGUCAAUUCUCCAAGCAGGGAUAGUCAACGUUCUGAAUCCCCUCGAUGUCCAAGAGAUCUUAGAACGCAUACCUGUAAACGACAUUCCCCUUCUUCUCAUGAAUCCCAACUGUGCACUUCCGAGGGACCUAAUUUUAACUCGUAUCCCAGUUCCUCCCAUCUGCAUUCGUCCCAGUGUGAUCUCUGACUUGAAACCAGGAACCAACGAGGAUAAUCUUACUAUGAAACUUUCAGAGAUUAUCUUCAUAAACAAUGUCAUUCAGAAACAUCGGCAAAGUGGUACUAAAGUGCAAAUGUAUAACGAGGAUUGGGAGUUUUUACAGCUGCAUUGUGCUCUCUACAUCAACAGCGAAAUGUCAGGAAUUCCUCUGAAUAUGCAGCCUAAGAAAUCUCCAGGAAGAGGUCUAGUCCAACGAUUAAAAGGCAAACAAGGAAGAUUCAGGGGAAAUUUGUCAGGAAAACGAGUGGAUUUUUCCUCUAGAACUGUCAUCUCUCCAGAUCCCAAUUUGAGAAUCGAGCAAGUUGGAGUUCCAAUUCAUGUUGCGAAAAUCCUGACUUUUCCUGAACGAGUGAAUCCAUCGAACAUAGAACUAAUGAGAAAACUGGUGCAAAAUGGACCAGAUGUUCAUCCAGGUGCUAAUUUCAUACACCAAGGACGAGCACAAUUAAGAAAAUUUCUCAGAUACGGAAAUCGUCAGAAGAUUGCACAGGAUUUGCAAUACGGUGAUAUAAUCGAACGUCAUCUUCGAGAUGACGAUAUCGUACUGUUUAAUCGUCAACCUUCUCUCCACAAAUUAUCAAUCAUGGCGCACAAAGCCAAAGUACUCGAACACCGAACAUUUCGCUUCAACGAAUGCGUUUGUACACCGUACAAUGCUGAUUUCGACGGUGACGAGAUGAAUCUUCAUCUCCCCCAAACAGAGGAAGCACGAGCUGAAGCCCUGAUACUGAUGGGAAACAAAUCGAAUCUUGUAACCCCAAGAAAUGGAGAGUUGCUCAUUGCUGCUACUCAAGAUUUCAUCACUGGUGGAUAUUUGCUGACCCAGAAGGAUACAUUUCUCAACAAAUCACAAGCCUGCCAACUUGCCUCAUGCCUCCUCGCAGGAUCAGACUCUUCCAUGAAUAUUGACCUUCCGCUGGCCACUAUACUCAAGCCUCAGGAACUUUGGACAGGAAAACAAAUCUUUAGUUUAAUCCUACGUCCGAACUCCUCUUGCACCAUUCUUGCUAAUCUUAAAACCAAGGGCCGAGCUUAUACUGAUGAUGAGGAACUUUGCAUAAAUGAUUCUUAUGUAAUCAUUAGGAACUCUGAGCUUAUUGCAGGAGCAAUGGACAAGUCAACCCUAGGAUCUGGAUCAAAGCAAAAUAUAUUUUAUAUUCUUUUGAGAGAUUGGGGUGAGGAUGCUUCAACCAUUGCAAUGUGGAGAUUAGCUAGGAUUGCGAGUUACUUCUUGAUGAAUCGAGGAUUUUCCAUUGGAAUCGGUGAUGUCACACCAGGUCAGGGCCUGCUUCGUGCUAAAUACGAACUGUUGAGUGCUGGAUAUGGCAAGUGUACUCAGUACAUUAAACAAAUGGAAGAUGGACGUCUUCCUUGUCAGCCAGGUUAUUCAGCAGAGGAGAGUCUCGAAGCUGUAAUUUUGAAGGAGUUGUCAGUAAUCAGAGAUCAUGCGGGUAAGGCUUGCUUGAAAGAGUUACAUCGGAGUUGCUCUCCGUUGGUGAUGGCGUUAUCUGGAAGUAAAGGAUCUUUCAUCAAUAUAUCUCAGAUGAUCGCUUGUGUGGGUCAGCAAGCCAUUAGUGGACACCGCGUGCCGAAUGGCUUUGAAGAUCGAGCUCUACCACAUUUCGAGAGGCACUCAAAGGUCCCAGCAGCCAAGGGUUUCGUCGAGAAUUCUUUCUACUCCGGACUGACACCCACCGAAUUUUUCUUCCACACGAUGGGAGGACGAGAGGGUCUCGUUGACACUGCUGUCAAAACAGCUGAGACUGGAUACAUGCAGAGACGAUUGGUCAAGAGUCUGGAGGAUCUCUGUCUGCAUUAUGAUAUGACUGUUAGGAAUUCAACUGGUGAUAUUGUGCAGAUUAUCUACGGAGGAGAUGCACUCGAUCCGACUUACAUGGAGGGAAAGGACUGUCCUGUCGAUUAUAAACGAGUUCUUGAUCAUGUUCGUGCCAAAUCCCCGUACAAUAAAGAAAGCUCGCUCGAUGGCCCUAGUGUAAUUAAAGCAACAACCGAAUUGUUGAAUAAAGAAGAGUACUCCUGUCUAUCUGAAGAAUUCAAGAACGAUUUGGUUAUGUUCCUCAAGGGGGUCUCGAGAAAGAUUACGAGGCUCAGGAUGAUUUACAAUCCCAAAAUCAAGGUUAACCAGCAGCUCGAGAGAUUAACGCUGUCGCAGUUGGUGGAGUUCAUUCAUACGUGCAAGGAGAAAUUCAUGAGAGCAAAGAUUGAGCCAGGGACCGCAGUUGGGGCGCUGGCAGCCCAGAGCAUUGGAGAACCUGGAACUCAGAUGACACUCAAGACUUUUCAUUUUGCUGGAGUGGCCAGUAUGAAUAUUACUCAGGGGGUGCCGAGGAUAAAGGAGAUUAUUAACGCUAGCGCUAAAAUUAGCACUCCGAUUAUCACCACUGCGUUGGAAAAUGAAGGGGAUGCUGAAUUUGCUAGAAGAGUCAAGGGAAGAAUUGAGAAGACAACGCUUGGCGAAGUAACUGAAUAUAUGGAGGAGGUGUAUCUGCCGGAUGAUUGCUUUCUUCUUGUCAAAUUGGAUAUUGAUAGGAUAAAGCUCUUGAAAUUGGAAGUUGAUGCUGACUCCAUUCGAAACUCUUUGAUUACUUCCAAAUUGAAAAUCAAUCCUAAAAAUAUUAGUGUAAGGGGAGAGUCUAUACUGACCAUCAAUCCCAGCAACAAAAAGCAUAAUCUCAAUCAUGCACUCAUGCUGCUCAAAGACUCUGUACCUGAUGUAGUUAUCAAAGGGUUGCCUACUGUAGCCAGGGCGGUUAUUCAUAAUGAUGAUUCUAGUGGAAAGACCAAGUAUAAAGUUUUCGUGGAAGGAGAUAAUAUGAGGGACGUCAUGGCGACCAGAGGGGUGAUGGGAUGUAAAACCACUUCCAAUAAUACUAUUGAGGUUUUCAAAACAUUGGGGAUCGAGGCAGCUCGUGCAACUAUCAUGACUGAGAUUAAAUUAGUGAUGGAGGGCCAUGGAAUGAGUAUCGACCGUCGUCAUCCAAUGCUUGUUGCAGAUCUCAUGACUAGUAGAGGAGAAGUCCUUGGAAUCACAAGGCAGGGACUGGCAAAGAUGAAGGAAUCUGUCCUCAAUUUAGCCUCUUUCGAAAAAACAGCCGAUCAUUUAUUCGAUGCUGCAUACUAUGGUCAAACAGACGCAAUUUGCGGUGUCUCUGAAUCAAUCAUCAUGGGAAUUCCAGUACCUGUAGGAACUGGAAUAUUCAAAUUACUACAUAAAUCGGAGAGAAAUGAAUUGAAGAAACAUGAACUCAUUUUCGAUGAUCCGCAGUUUCAUACCAGCGGAAAAACGUAGCAUUAAAUGAAUUUUAGGCGUUUCUAGAUUAAUUAAUUGAUCUAAUUACGGAAGCACUGUAAUAUAUGAAAUAUUUUCUAUUAAAUGUAAUGGUAUUUUCA